AUGACUGACUUAGGUAGAAAAAAUCUUUCCGAUAAACUCAAUGAAUCUGUUACUCCAGACUCCCAAAAGACAACUUAUGAUAAGGCUAAGGAGACUGUAACCGAUAAGCUUGAUUCAUUUGCUGCACGUAACACUCCAGAUAACCAAAAAUCCUUUUCACAAACUGUUGCUGAUAAAGCUCAAAUUGGUUCUGAAGAUGCAAAGGAAGCUGCUGGUCAAAAGCAAGAAAGUUUAAGCGAAACCGCAUCUGGUUAUGUUGAGCAAGCUAAGGAAGCCAUUGGUAAUGCCGCUGAGUACGUCUCUGGAGUCGUUUCUGGUGCUAAUGAAGGUGCUAAAACUGGUGCCGAAGCUACCAAGAAAUAA